AUGGAUUUUGAAAGGCAAGAGGAACGGAUUCGUACCAUGUUGGAGGAGGCAACAACUGAUUCAUCAGGUGAAUCCAGUUCAGAACAAGAGACUGAUCAUUGUAGCGAGCACGAAUUGAAUUCUGAGACGGAACAAGAAGGUGACGAUUCAGUUGAUGUUUCAUCCAACUCCAGGCAGGAAGAAGUUGCAGUAAAUGAAUCGUGUAACGACCCAGAGGACGAUUUACCAUUGUCACUACUCAGGCAGAGAGACUCAGCUUCAAGGCAAGUAAAUGGCCCUUUCUAUACGUCUAAAGAUGGUACCAAGUGGUAUAAAAAUUGUCAACGUCCAAACGUGAGGCUUCGUUCUGAAAACAUCGUAACUGAACAUGCUCGAGUAAAGAAUACUGCAAGGGAUGCUGGUACAGAGUAUGAAUGCUGGAAUAUUUUUGUGACUACAAACAUGCUUCAAGAAAUCUUGAUUCACACUAAUUCGAAAAUUCGGCAAAGACAGCGUGAUAAUGCGAAUGCUGCAGAUAAUGCGAAUUGCAAAGCUCCUUCUUACAUGCAAGAAACCACUAUUUGUGAGUUGAAAGCAUUUAUUGGCUUACUGUACUUAGCUGGCGUCGCCAAAUCUAAUCGACAAUGUUUGAAAGAUCUUUGGCGAACUGAUGGAACUGGUGUUGAUAUAUUUCGUACCACCAUGUCACUGCAGAGAUUCCAGUUUCUUCAAAAUGCUGUACGUUUUGACGACAAAUCGACGAGAGAGGAGCGUAAACAAACUGAUAAUAUGGCAGCCUUUAGAAGCAUUUUUGACCAGUUUGUUCAAUGCUGCCAGAAUGCGUACUCUCCAAGUGAGUUUCUGACUAUUGACGAGAUGUUACUGGCAUUUAGAGGUCGAUGCUUGUUCCGCGUCUACAUUCCAAACAAGCCAGCUAAAUACGGGCUAAAAAUUUUAGCUCUGGUCGAUGCAAAAAACUUCUAUGUUUUGAAUUUGGAAGUGUACUCAGGCAAACAACCGCCGGGACCAUAUGCAGUCAGUAAUAAACCGUUUGAAGUAGUGGAGAGACUCAUUCAACCAGUUUCACGAUCACACCGCAACUUAACAUUUGAUAACUGGUUCACUGGAUAUGAGCUAAUGCUGCAUCUACUAAACGAGCAUCGACUUACGUCGGUUGGAACUGUACGGAAGAAUAAGAGACAGAUUCCUGAAUCUUUUAUUAGAACUGACAGACAACCAAACAGUUCACUGUUUGGGUUUCAAAAAGAUAUUACACUUGUUUCCUAUGCGCCAAAGAAGAACAAGGUGGUUAUUGUUAUGUCCACUAUGCACCAUGACAAUUCAAUAGAUGUAUCUACAGGCGAGAAACAAAAGCCUGAAAUGAUAACAUUUUAUAACUCGACCAAAGCUGGCGUUGACGUGGUUGAUGAAUUAAGUUCCAGUUAUAAUGUUAGUCGCAACAGUAAACGGUGGCCUAUGACUUUAUUCUAUGGUGUAUUGAACAUGGCAGCUAUCAAUGCUUGCAUUAUAUACCGAGCAAACAAAAACGUCACAAUCAAGAGAACGGAAUUCAUUCGUAAUUUGGGCUUAUCAAUGAUUUACGAACACCUACAUUCAAGAAAAUCAAAAAAGCAUAUUCCAAACUACAUCCGCCAGCGAAUCUUAAAACAGCUCGGUGAGCCCUCACCUAGACAUGUGAAUAUACCCGGACGAUAUGUCAGAUGUCAGGACUGUCCAUACAAGAAGGAUAGAAAAACCAAAUAUUCCUGCAAUGCUUGUGCCAAGCCCAUAUGUAUGGAGCACGCAAAAUUUAUUUGCGAAAAUUGUGCUGAUCUCGACAGUAGUGGUUAA